AUGCCGUCGAAACAACAGUUUCCUCUAUCAACACAAAUAGCAAUGCGAUCAUUGAUUUUCUCACAUACUUCAUUAAAUGAACAAGAAAAAAAUUUAUUACAAACUUUGAGAGAAAAAUAUUUUGGUGUCGAAAAGGUAUCUCGAGUUUGUCUUCGAGAUAAUAAUGAAAACACAAUAGAUGCGAUUGUAAUUGAUUUACAAUCAGUUGAUUUUGCUAAGCGACUUCUCAACGACGAUUAUAUUCUAUUUGGUGAUCAACAAUAUUCAAUUCAAUCAUCAACACGAUCGUUAAUCGUUUUACAAGUUCCAUCCAAUCAAAAAUGUGAAAAAUUAUUGCAAGAUUUGGGACAUAACUAUUUAGGUAUCGAAAAAAUUUUUCGAUUUCAUGAUAGAGAUGGAAAGCCAGUUGAUAUUGUUCGAUUGGAUUUUAAAUCUGAAUCUUUUGUAACGACAAUCCUCAAUGAUAAAUAUAUUCUUAUUGAUGGUGCACGACGUCCUGUUCAACCUUAUUGGUCAUUAAUCUAUCAUUCAACUCAAAAGGGAAAAUCUUCUGCUUCUAAAGUUGCUCAAAAUGUUUCAAAUACAGAACCUCAAAAUCAUUUGACUGAACAACGUGUCAACGAAUUAAUUCAUACACAACAAAUGGAACUUCAAGCAAUGAUCAAUAAUUUUGAAAAUAAAUGGAAUACACAUUUAUUAUCACUCAAAACUUCUUCAAAAAAUAUUGAUGUCGAUCAAUUAUUAUCAAUCUUUAAAGAUCUUAAAACAGUUUGUCAACAAUUCAAUCAACAAAAUACUCAAAUACAAAUACGACUUGGUUCAAUGGCUAAUCGAGUACAAAAUAUAACAAUGCAAUCACAAUAUGACAACGCAUGGCCAAUAUUAUCAUUACAAAAUGGACAUUAA